AUGAAUACCAAAUUAUUCAGCCUUGUUAUUUGGGGACUCUUCCUGGUGUUGUGCGUCAAUUUAGCUUGUUGUGAUGAUUCGACAUCGAGAGCCAUCAAUUUAUCCAUGGCCUGGCGCCCAGUGCAUUUCACCCCCAUUCAAGCUGUCCAAGCUGCACAGCAAUCGGCUCCCAAGCCUCAAGUGGCGACCCAAUUCAUCUCCAUUCCAACCCUGGCCAAAGCCAAUACAGCUCAACUCCUCCAGAUCGCGCACUACAACGCACAGGUGCUGAAUGCAAAGAUGAAGGAUUUGCAGGCGCAGUACAGCACAAAUCAUCAGUACAGCACCAAUCCACAGCACAACAAUCAACAGUACAGCGCUAAUCAACAGUACCAACAGUACAGGAAUCCAUUCGCGAUCUUUGGCGCCAAUGCAUCUAGUCCAAAGUUCCGUGCCGCCCUGCUCAACGACCUCAAGCCCUUCUCGCCCAAGUACACCGUCACCACGUCCGGCGUCAGCCCAGUGGUCGCGAAUGGCUACAAAGCGCCCAUCUACCUAAGCGAGAUCGAUCAUCAUCUGCCGCUGGUUCACUCCUCGACACAGAAGAUCCCCAGCGUGGUGCCAUCGGUGAACAUGAGCCCCACAAUCACCCACUACAGCUACAUUCCUCUGCUGCAAGCCAGCCCGAGUUCAUUGAUAUUCAGAGAUACACCUGUGGUGAUGCCGCAAUCGGCAACAUUUCAAGGGAAGACAACACUGAAGCCACAUCCUGUCCUCAAUAAACUCCAGGCACACCUGGCACUCGCGACCAAUCACAAGCAGCCGUACGCCUCCUACUCGAACAUCCUGGAGAAGCUGACGGUUCCUGUGCUGGCGCCGAAUGUGUUCAAGAAUCACGUUCUGGCAUCGCACUUCAUCAAGCAGACGAAGAAUGUAACCCCAGUGGUGUCCAAGAUCAUCAACAAUACAGUGCCCAAGGCGGUGGUGAAGCCGCUAGAGGAGCAACCGAAGGCGUCACCCAGUGAGGUGCCACCACCAAAAAGUGUGGAAGCAGGUGUGAGGAGUAGAAAUGAGAACAGGACGAGGAUCACCAUCUUCGAAGAAGGCCCAUUUACGCCCAUUGUGAGGGAAAAUGCAGUAGUAAAGGAGGCCAAGCCAACACUCAAAUCAUCAGAUGUUCUCAAUGAACUCAAUCGGCAUCGAAACAUCAUACAAAUCAUGGAGGGUCUGCCACAGAUUCCCUCAAGUGUCUCUUCUGUGGACAUCAGCGGAGAACAGAACUUCCGACCAAUUGAGAUCCUUAAGAAAUACAACAUCUCCAAGUCACCACUUCAGGAUCUCAACAGAUUCGCCUUCCAAUCCAACUCCUUCAUGGACUUCACGUCUCCCUCACGAAAGUAUCCUAUUCUGCCCACCAUCCCAACCACAAUGAUGUCGCCAGGUGACAAACUCUCCUCAAGUCACUUCCGACUCAAUGAAAUCAAAGAACCAUCCGCCACAGUCUACACUCCCUUCCUACCCACACCUAAUAGCUACGGUCAUCACCUCAGAAAACCUCAGUUCUCCGGCAGUCACACUUUCUUCACAAUCGAAGAUGCCGUCACUGGAACUGCUCCAACCCGAAAUACAAUCGACUUCAAGGACCUCUUCGACACCACAACAGAAAUCAUCAAGCCAGUGCGGGAAGACACGACCGACGUGACCACAAUAGGACCAGAGCCACACACGCACUUCUACAAGUUCAUGAAGUAUCCCUCCUCAUCAUCCACUGUCACUAUCUAUGAGACCACAACGCAGCGAUCGAAGCUGAAGCAACGAAGGAGGAAACCUGGUCACAGAUACAAGAGCAACAUCAAUGAUCCUAACUGGAUCGAUAAGUUCCCCAAAGAAUCGGUCAGAGAAUCUGUCAAAGCAGAGAGGAAUGUGACGGCGGGACCAGACGUUACAUCAACAACAAGACUCUCUGCAAGAUUCCGUCAGAGAACAAGAACAGACACAACGACAACGACAACAGAAUCCCCAGAAAUCCCCACAACUUCUGUCACUGAAAUAUCAGAUCAAGUAGCACCAACGACAGAUGAGGCUAUCAACAGCACAGCAACAGCGGCAUCGACAACUCCAGCAGUGGUCCAAAUUAAUUCAUCAACAUUGAAACCAAUGGCAAAGUAUAACUCUAUCAGUCGGCCGAGGUUGAGCCUGAAAAACAGCAGCUACUAUCUCAACAAUCUCUCAACUACAACGACAACCAAUCAACCAUCAGAGAUUGUAACAACACCCAAGUUUACGAGAAAGAGGUUCCCAACACGUCCCUCCACGACGACAACAGAUUCAGGUGAGGACAACACUCUAUCCACGGAAUCCAGCACGAGUACGACAACAUCAACAUCCAAGAGAUUCCACCCAACGAGGAAUAACACCUUCACUAGGCCAUCUUUCACUAAGCCCUCAACAGAAGGACCCGCUUCGCGAGGAUCAACAGCCUUCUCAACACGUCGUGGUUCAAGUAGGAUAGACUUCCGCAACCAAAAGUCAACGUCGCCGUCUUCGACUACAGAACUGGAGUCGUCAACGCGAUCGAGCACGCAGAAUCACAGGCGCUUUCAGGCUGCCCAGGACAAGAUGUUCACUACGAAGCAGAGACAUCGCGUUGAAGAGACGAGUUCACCUGAGAGUAUAAAAGUCGACACGACAACAGAACAUAAACUGGAGACGUCCAUUAUGAAGAUCGCCAAGAACGAUCAUUCCUACCGACCUUAUGCUCAUCAAACCUCCAAAACAACCGAGUCCCUCAUCAACACUAAUCUCAUCAAUGAUAUCUCAACCGAAAAGUCCGCCAAGAGUGUGAACACCAACUCAAAAAAUCGACGGAUACCGGAAUACUUCACAAUAGCCACUGAUGAUCCCAUUCUUCCCAUUCAGGCCUUCUUUCCCAAAUUCGACUGAUUCCAUUCUCUAAAUCUCCCAAAAAAUUGACAAUUCAUGUGUAUAAAAUAUGUUUAAAAAAAAGCCACUUUCAGAAAUUAUUGUUGAGUGAAAAAAGACAAUAUAAAAAAAGUUA